AUGAAUGGUGUUAUAAAAGUCUUGGUCAGUUUUUAUUGCAAGGAUCAAGAAGGCGCAUUUGAGCAUCAUCGAAGCCGGGUAAUUGUUGAUCUCGAGAAACAGUCAAAUGUAACAUCUUUAAAGAAACAUCUAAUAGAUUUCCUUGGACUAAAAGAGCAGGCGAAAAAGUUUGGCCUUGGUCCUUUUGCGCUCAAAUUGUAUCGUUUAGCAAAAGCUUCUGGAGGUGGAAAAGCCGUUGAAAACUUUGCUAUUGUCUCUGAUAGUCGGUGGAAGUUGGAAGCAGUGAGCCUUAUUGCGGAAGAGAGCAACAGCGAGUUAAAUGGUAUGUAGCCCCUGAGCAAUGGGGGUUGACGGGGUUGUGGACAUCGGAGAAACCGGGGGGGGGGGAGGUUAAGCGAUCUUGAAACUGUUGGAAGUCUUGGAAGACCCUUGGGGGUGAUUAAAUAUAGCUAUUUUUCCAUGAUUAUCAGCACUUUCUCAUUUUCAUAUACCAGAAUGACAAUUGUAUGGCCUUAAAACAUAUAAUAUAUAGACAUAUAACAUUGACUGUGAUUUCAGUUCAUGUUAUUCAAGAGGAUGUAAAUUGGACAGGAAAGUAUGGAAUUGUCAUUCCUAGACCUGCACAGAGAGCCGAGAGUCCAUCAACAAGUGGAGCUGCUUAA